CUUCAUCCUGUUAACAUGCUCAACAGUUGUAAUGUUAAGAAGUUCUGCCACAGCAAAGCUCUCACCUCCCCGUAUCCCGGAUCACACAUUGAACGUAGCCAAGUUCCUGCAGAUAAAGUGGGCUGGUUGGUUGAGUGGAAAGAUUAUAAUCCUGUGGAGUACACUGCAAGGUCUGUUUUGGCUGGACCUGUUUGGGCAGAUCCCCAAAUCAAUGAUAAAAGUUUUUCUCCCAAAUUCAAUGAGAGGGAUGGAGAAGUGGAGAGGAAGAGUCUGAACAGCUUGUACGUGGUUGAAAACGGGAGGCCCAGAAAUCCGGCGGGAAGGACUGGCCUCACAGGCAGAGGAUUGUUGGGGCGCUGGGGACCAAACCAUGCUGCUGAUCCUGUUGUAACCAGGUGGAAGAGGGACGAAAGUGGCAAUAAAAUUGCUCAUCCAGUUACUGGCAAAAACAUCUUACAGUUUGUAGCGAUCAAGAGGAGAGACUGUGGGGAGUGGGCCAUUCCAGGGGGGAUGGUGGACCCCGGGGAGAAGAUCAGCGCUACCCUGAAGCGAGAAUUUGGGGAGGAGGCCUUGAACUCCUUGCAGAAGUCUCCUGAGGAGAAAGCAGAACUGGAGAAGCAGCUCCAGCAGCUGUUCAGCCAGGAACACUUUGUGGUGUACAGGGGCUAUGUGGAUGACCCUCGUAACACCGAUAACGCCUGGAUAGAGACGGAGGCUGUGAACUAUCAUGAUGAAACCGGUGAGACGAUGGAUAAUUUGCCUCUGGAAGCAGGUGAUGAUGCUGGAGUGGUGAAGUGGGUCGACAUCAGUGAGGAGCUGAAGCUGUAUGCCAAUCACAGCUACUUCAUUAAGCUGGUGACUGAGAAACUGGGAGCCCACUGGAGUGAAAAUCCUGGUCCUGAGUGCCAGGAGUGAUGGAAACAAGGAACUGAUGCAUGCCAAGGGGAAAAGAAGUGUUCCAGCUUUGAAACAGAGAUGACAUUGUCCUUUUCAGUGGAAAUCCAGUAAAAAUUCAGUGAAAUUCAGCUGGCAAAAACACUUGGCAGUGAUAAAUGGAGGCUUUUUGAGAGGCUUCAGACUGCUGCUUUUGAUUUUUCAGCUAGUG